CCCUCCCUUCUCCCGCAUCUCAAUUGAAACGACCUACAUCCCUCGCAACUCGAGAAACGCGCAUCUUGUCGCACAGCAUCCACACACUUCAACCCUUCAACCUUCAUCCUACACCCACCAUGCUCGCCCCCGUAGCCGCAGCAACACGCCGCAUGAUGGCGACGACGCCCUCUGUCCUCCGCGCGACCGCGCCCCGCGCAACGCGCCUGUCGGGCGUGCGCGCCCUGCACAGCAGCCCUCUCCGCUCUCUCCCCAGCAAGGACUCGCAGGACAAGGACAGCCUGAACCCGCGAUCGACGGAGUACAGCAAGAGCAGCUCAGACGACGCGGCAGCAGCAACGAGCAAGACGGCAUUCGACCCGAACCAGACGAGCCCAGAGGAGCAGACGGCGUCGGCGGAGGCUGAGAGUGGGGAGGUGAGGCAGUCCAACGAUAACAACCCGCUUGAUGCUAGCCCUGCCAAUACCGAGAUGAGCCAGCCGAAUGACUCGAGUGCUGGUGGCGCCCAGGGCUCCCCUGGUGAGACUACUGGUACGAGUGGACGCGCGAGGACGAGUGGUGGUGGAAGCCCUAAGAAGGCCGGUGGCAACCGCAGUGGUUAGGCGGCGAGAUGGCCCGGCAAUCGAAGAUUGUAUCAUCGUUUGAGGAUGAACGCUCUGCAUGUAUUUAUUGGAGUAAGAGUGAUUUGACAGUCAGGUAGAGUUGGCGGUACUCUAUGCAUCCUCUCGCGUUUCGGUAUCCACAUGGAACAGGUUGAUUUGGUUAAUUG